CUGAGCCAUUCUGCCAGUAAAAAGUUGCUUUAAUUGGAAUAUCUGAAGGAUCUAAGGGAAAAUUGGGAGUGGAGGGAGGAUACAGGCAAGCAGGCUAACAUUUACCAAAUGCCAAACACAAUGUCAGGCUCUAUCUAUGAUGUCUUAUUUAACUGAAGUGGGGGAGGAAUGGGCAUAAACGUAUAGGUUUUUGAAUUGCAUAAAAAGAAAACCCAAUAGGUCCUUUCCUUCCUUUGGUUGAAAAAAGUUAUUCAUGCAUUUAUAGCCUUUUCUUUCUAAUUAAAAAUAACAGAGUGGAGAAUCACUGAAAUUUCGAAUUUCAAAGACAAUUUGUUUAACUAGCUUGAAAAAUGAUUCUAUAAAAACAUUAUUAUAAAAGCUUUUGGUGUGUAAGAGAAAGUAUCACUAGGCUGAUGGGUACAGCCAGAGCACCUAACACUGUCCAUUCAGCUCCCAGAUUGUCACUGUGGGCGGGCAGGUAAUGCCACUUGAAACUACCUAAAUGAAACCAUUUUUAUAGAAGCUUUUACAAUCUGUACUUGGUUUUCAAUGAAAAAGUUCUUCAUAAUAAAUCCAAAUGGCAUAACAUCAAAAAUACCUGACAGGUUGGCCCCAUUCUCAGCAAGUCUACUUCUUCCCUAAUAUCUUGUAACUUACAUGGCACUGGGCUGGGGCACCACCAAUGCACCGCUGUGAUCUAAAAAUUCUCUCAAACUGCCUCCUCUCCUUAGGUCAACAGCCCACCCAUGCCCUAUUUAGAACUUUGCUGAAUAAAAGUUUAAUUACAUAAAUGAAGGCCAAAAUCCAGAAAUUCAAAUUCAAGCCAUCGGGGAAAAAACCUCCUUAAGUCACGGUAGAAGUAGAUGCCUCAGUUGCUUCAUUGAUAAACCUGAAGAGGCCACUGUGAUACCCUUUAUACCCUAAACUUGGAUGCUAUAAUAUUUAUCUUAGUCAUCGUUUUAUAGUCCACAGUGUUUUGCUGGAUCUUCAUGAGCCCAGAUAUUAAGCUGCUUCUUAAGUGCUUAGUAAAAUUAAUGGUGUUGUUCAUUCAUUCAUCUCACUGAAUAGGCAGGAAGUUCAUAGCUCUGGUACAAAGAAAGCUAUGAGCCAGCAGGCAGAAGCGUUCAUUCAGUGGGGGAGCGAAGAAAAAGAACGUGUUUUCACUGCUCAGGAAACUUUCGAUUCUUCUGUUUCCUCUGCUGGGGCUGUAGGCAAAGCGAAUGUUCUGACAGUAGGGUUUCCUUGAAAACUUGGUUUCACAAAAUGCACCACCUCUGUGGGCCGCGCUUCGGGAGCUGACUGCGCUACCUGCCUGCGUCGGCGGCAGGUCACGAGGUUAAGGUCCGCUCCGCGUAGGCUGAGCCUCUGUCAGCACGUUUCCGCGGCCUCGCGGGCUCCCUCCCUCCGGCAGGCGUCGCUGGCCAUUGAUGGGGCAAGAGGAAGGAAGAGGAUCUUCGAUCCCGCCCGGAGGCUCGGUACCCCUGGGCCGCCUUCCUCCCGCGCCCGCGCCGCCGCGGCUUCUGGAGGGUCUCGCACCAGCUGCCGGCGCCCAGGGAUGAACCGGGCCCUCACUCUGGAAGGUCGGGCGGCGAGCAGCAACGAAGGCUGAACCCUCAGUGGCAGCAUGAGAGCGGGCACCGCCGCUCCGGGCUUGCGGCCGCGCGGCGGGCGGCGGCGUCUCUGCCGGCGCUCGCCAUGGGCGCGCGGUGGGGCCGGCGGCGCACUCGGCGUGGAGGCCUGAGGCUGUCCGAGGCCCAGUUGGCGCUGAUGGUCGCCAGCCUGGUGUGCAGCGCCGUGGUCGUCUAUGUUUGCUGGAAGCAGCUGCCGCCGCUGCCCUGGGCCUCCUCCGUCCCGCCGCGGCGGGUGAGCGUGCUGCUGUGGUGGGAGCCCUUCGGGGGCCGGCACCGAGCCAAAAGGCCGCCCCCUGAUUGCCGGCUGCGCUUCAACAUCAGCGGCUGCCGCCUGCUCACUGAUCGCGCGGCCUACGGGGAGGCCCAGGCGGUGCUUUUCCACCACCGAGACUUGGUGAAGGGACCCCCGGACUGGCCCCCGCCCUGGGGCGUCCACGUGCGCCCAGCGGAGGAGCAGCAGGUGCUGAUCGACGACGAGGAGGAAGCCUCGGAGGCCUUAGCCCUGGCUGCCUCGGGCCCCAGGCCCCCGGGCCAGCGCUGGGUGUGGAUGAACUUCGAGUCACCCACCCACUCCCCGGGGCUGCAGAGCCUGGCACGUAACCUCUUCAACUGGACGCUCUCCUACCGGGCCGACUCGGACAUCUUCGUGCCUUACGGCUACCUCUACCCUAGGACCCAUUCCAGCGAGCAGCCGGCGGGUCUGGUCCCGCCACUGGCCCGGAAACAAGGGCUGGUGGCCUGGGUGGUGAGCAACUGGGACGAGCGCCAGGCGCGGGUCCGCUACUACCGCCAGCUGAGCCAGUACGUGACCGUGGACCUCUUCGGCAAGGGCGGGCCCGGACAGCCGCUGCCUGACGUCGGGCUCCUGCACACGGUGGCCCGCUACAAGUUCUACCUGGCCUUCGAGAACUCGCAGCACCUGGAUUAUAUCACGGAGAAGCUGUGGCGCAACGCCUUCCUGGCUGGGGCGGUGCCGGUGGUGCUGGGCCCAGACCGUGCCAAUUACGAGCGCUUCGUGCCCCGCCGUGCCUUCAUCCACGUGGACGACUUCCCUGAUGCCUCCUCCCUGGCGGCCCACCUGCAAUUCCUCGAUCGAAACCCAGCUGCCUACCGCGGAUACUUUAGCUGGCGUCGGAGCUAUGCCGUGCACGUCACCUCCUUCUGGGAUGAGCCUUGGUGCCGGACCUGCCAGGCUGUGCGGAUGGCUGGGGACCAGCCCAAGAGCGUCCCUAACUUGGCUGGCUGGUUUCAGCGGUGAAGCCACCUUCCCCUGGCUGUAACCCAGGGAGGCCAAGUCGUCGGCUUUUGGAUCCUCCGGAUCCUCCGGAUCCUCCGCUGUGCAUCUCCUUAACUGCCGAAUCACGGGACUGUAUUUUCCAAACACUCGUUUUUAAUCUAUUCCCAUAGACUAAAGUUGAUUUACCAAGUAAUAUUAUUCAGCACAAAGACUGGGAGGGAAGGGUCCUGGGUGCUCAUGGUUUUUGGACAACUAGCAGUUGGGCUUCCUCUGCUGUCCAAGGGCAUCUGAGCUCUGGGGUGAAGAUGGGGGCCCUUCCUCCCCUUGUAACCAGUGCAGAGGUGAAGAAACAGCUUACCUACAAGAAACAAUUGUCAGUGGCUCUGAAUUUCCUCAUCUGCCACAGGCCAUAUUUGUGGCCUGUGCUGAGUCCAAAUCUCACACAGUGCUCCUUCACUCAUGUGACUGGGCCAAAUGCGGCAAACCCCUGGUUUCAGAUAGAGUCUUGUUGCGGGAUAGUGAAAGGACUGUGGCCACAAGUGGGUCUUUCUCUUUGUGCCUGGAUUUCUCAAAGCGUCAUCUCCUAAGAAGGGUGAGGAGGGUGGUCCAAGAAUCCAUUGACUUCCUUAACAGGUGCUGUUGUUUGUUCCCUUGCUCUAUGAAUGGAAACAAGAUGCUGGAUUGUCCUUGGAGAAGAGUUAGGAUGAAUAUUUGGUGUACCUCACUUUACACAAAUGUAUUCUUGAAAAGCCGCUUUUAAAUCAAAUUCACUGUUUUAGAAGAGCGCAAUAUUUAAUGGAACCCUAUGGAGAAUCCCUUUAUAAUGUGAAUAAUCAUCUCCUAACUGAUUUUUUCUGUGUCUAUGUUUUUCUAUAACCUGGAUCUUUUAAAAAAGCAUAUUAAAAUUACAGAUGUGAAAAUAAAGCAGAAGCGACCUUCCUCUCCCUUCCUCCCAGAAAACCAGCCUGUGUUUACACACAGAAGAGAAGGAAGCCAUAGUGUCACUUUCCACAAAAUUAUUUAUUUUGUGUCUUUACUGGAGCUGAAAUUUAAAACUGGAAAGUCAGUCCUCCAUGGGGUCCUGGCAUUACCUGUCUGCAGAACAAUGAAAGGGAUUGCACUGUAUUAUGGAAUCAUGCAAAAGGAAAAAAGUUUCCUGGUGUCUGUUAAUGGCAGUUUUUGAUUCUGUCAGUUUUAAGUUAAAUGUUUGGUUGCUAGGGAAUAGAACUAAAUCAGUGCCUGCAGUAAAAACUUUAUCUUUUGUUACAGAAAUCUGCACUUCUCCCUGGGGCCACCAGGUUCCCCUCCUGGUCUGCCCAGUAGUACAGUGGGUACAUCCUCACAUUUCUACUGCCCCUGAGACUGUGCUAUGGGACCAACUUUGAAAAUAUAUGCAUUGACUUUGAAAGUUGUUGAAUGAGCAGCAUAUUCGGUGUCACAAUGUACCUGCGCCACGUGAAACACUGAGCUUGGGAAAAACAAAAAUGUAUAAGGCAAGGUUCCUCUCUUUAAGGCUCUUACAAUCUACCACUGUCAAAAAGUAAAUAGUGGACUUUGAUAAAUCAAUUGGCAGAACUUAUUUGUUUAAAGUAAUGUUCUUUUUUUUAAAAUUAAUUAAUUUAUUUUUGGCUGUGUUGGGUCUUCGUUACAGUGCGCGGGCUUAUUAUUGCGGUGGCUUCUCAUUGCGGAGCAC